UAAAUGCCGUCCCGCGACGUCCAUGGCUGUCGGCGCGGCGGCUCCCGCCACUUGCCUGCAGCCGGGCGCCGGGAGGCAGCGCCGCUCCGUGCCCUUGGGCCGCCGCGACCCGCGGGGCGGCGGCGGGCGGCGGCCGAGGAGGAGGAGGAGGAGGAGGAGGAGGAGGAGGAGGAGGAUGCUGCGCGCCUUGGUGGCGGUGUCCCUGUGGCUGCGGGUGAGCCCGCGGGCGCAGGGCGCGCCGUGCGAGGCGGUGCGCAUCCCCAUGUGCCGCUCCAUGCCCUGGAACAUCACCCGCAUGCCCAACCACCUCCACCACAGCACCCAGGAGAACGCCGUCCUCGCCAUCGAGCAGUACGAGGAGCUGGUGGGCACCGGCUGCAGCCCGGUCCUCGCCUUCUUCCUUUGCGCCAUGUACGCCCCCAUCUGCACCCUGGAGUUCCUCUACGACCCCAUCAAGCCGUGCCGCUCCGUCUGCCAGCGCGCCCGCGACGGCUGCGAGCCCAUCAUGCGCCGCUACAACCACAGCUGGCCCGAGAGCCUCGCCUGCGACGACCUCCCCGUCUACGACCGCGGCGUCUGCAUCUCCCCCGAGGCCAUCGUCACCGACCUGCCGGAGGAUGUGAAGUGGACGGACUUCACGCAGGGCGUGAUGGUGCCGGAGAGACCCCCGGAGCCCGACUGCAGAAGCCGUGGCCAGGAGCGAUGCCGGUGCAAAAAGACAAAGCCUACGCUGUCGACCUACCUGGCCAAGAACUACAGCUACAUCAUUCAUGCUAAAGUAAAAAGCGUAGAGAGAGGGAACUGCAACGAGGUAACGACUGUGGUGGAAGUCAAAGACACACUCAAGUCCUCAACGCCAAUUCCUCUGUCCCAAGUGCCUCUUCUUACAAAUUCCUCCUGCCAGUGUCCACCUCUUCAGCCAAAGCAGGAUGUUCUCAUCAUGUGCUACGAAUGGCGCUCCAGGUUGAUGCUUCUUGAUGGAUGUCUAGUUGAAAAAUGGAAGGAUCAACUAAACAAAAGAUUUAAGAGGUGGGAACAGAGACUGCAGGAACAAAAGCUGCGAACUGCCCGCAGUAAGAACCCGAAUGCAGGACGCAGUGGGCAGAGUGGAGCCUCCAAACCAUCAACCAAGAACACCAACCCACUGGUCAGUGGCCCCAAAAAGGCCAUGAAAGUAAGAACUGGCCAGAAAGAAACCAACCCUAAAAAAGUAUGAGUGUGAAAUUUCCCAAAGGAAAGACUUUCCCUGCGCGAUGAGGGUCACGAUCUGGCUUGUUGGCCUGUUUUAUUAAUCCAGAACUCAUCGACUUAAAAACUCAUGGCAGUUUCUACAUAAACGUUUUUGCUGCACUUUACUUUUAAAAGGUUUGCUUUUCCUUUCAAGCCACCGCAAGCCACAGAGUGUAGGUUUGCGCUAAUAUGUGGCAGGCAUAUUCAAGCUGACUGAGCUUUAUCUUAGGGCUCUGAUUUGCAAUUCUAGAUAGAACUAGCCUUGGCUGCCAGAGGUUUUAACUCCUUGUGCCGGUUGCCUGCUCUGCUUUCUUGCCAGAGGCUGGAGAGCUGCAUGGGGCAUCUCUUCUCUCCUCAGAAAGUGCACUGGUGUAGCAGUGGGUGAGUUAGGCUGUGGCUGAGUCUGGUGAGCCGAGUGCCAUGGCAGCUGAGGAGCAGCAGAGGGAUGGUAACCUCUGGCAGGCAUCUCGGGCAGCCACUACUGCAGCUGCUGGAGCUGAAUCUGUCUGCCGUUUGGAAUCACAGCCUUUGUUCAGCGCGUUCAAAAGUGUAGUUUACCAAUAAGCAUCUGGGUAUGCAUUAUGUGAUUAUACUUACGUGUGUGCCAAAAAUAUGCUUACAGUGUUAGUAUUUGAUCUUGUGGGUUUGUCUAGCAAAAAUGCAUUGAAAGCAGACUUUUUUUAUUGUACUUCAGGCUGGCUUCUGUUGUUAUAAUUUCAAAUAUAUUUAAGCAUCUAAUUGAAAAAUCAGUAUUUUUUAAAAGGACAGAUUAAAGUGAAACAGAUCUGUAGGAUUCUUAAAAGUUAACACUUAUGUUUCCUGUAAUAUAGCUUUGUUAUGAAAACUGGAAUAGAUGUAUUAUUCUAAACAGAACUGACAGCUGAUGUACAGUACUAGGGAGAAGAUAGGGCUCCAUGUGGCCCAGCGUUCAUUUGGAUAGUUUUUUAUUAUUUGACUCCAUAUUUCUAAAUCUGAUACCAAAUAAAUAAAUAAAUAAAUAAAUAAAGUGAGGCUUGUCUCUAUUCAUGAACUUCUCAAAACAACUGGCUAUCUGCAGUUUUACUGAUCAGAAGGUCACAUUUACCAUAGAAGGGGUCACAGACAAAGCAGAUGAUUUUGGUUAUGGACUGACUUAACAUUUGCCAUAUGAGGUAUUAAAAUAGCAAAAGCGAUAUAAAUCUAGUUGACAUAACUCCAAGAUGGCAUUUAUGCUAUUCCUCCUAAGCUGUGCUUGGAUGAGGCAGUAUGGAGAGCAGAGUCCAAUUUCUGUUAACACGUAAGAUCACCUACAUUAACUUCGUAAGAGCUCAUGACAGACAUCUGAAAGAACUUCAAGAAUUCCUGCAGCAAAACUAAGGAUUAGACUUGGCAGUUCUGGUACCUAGAAAACAAAAUGAGAAUUUCUAAAAUAGAGAGGGUCUACAUCAGAAGAAGAAAAAAAAAAAAAAAAAGAGAGAGUUCUGUGUAGGUUAACAUAAUGAUUUACAAUUGUUCACGUCAGUAUAUUGAUCUUUGUCAUUACAAGAAGCCCAAGGAAAUUUGCUUGAAAGAAAUUCAAGGCAGAAUAUGCUGGAGUGAUUUUGGUAGCAGCAACAAUGUACUUGGUAAUAUGCUGACACGAGCUGAAGACACAGGUGCCAAGUUAGAAUGCUUAAAACAAAGGGACAGAGGUGUUAUAGGAAAAUAGAAUAAUAGAGUAUAGGGUAGUUCAGGAAAAAAACCCACCAACCCAACCCUACAUGAUUGUUGCUUGAGAUAUGAGCAUUUGGUUAAAAUAUGCAAAGGUCAGCAUCUGAGUGUAGCCCUUGCUGCUAAUUCUGGGCAGAUGCAGAACUUUAUCUCCAUGGAACAUCUGCAGAGUUAGAUUCCAAAUUCAAUCCAGGUGCUAGGAAUGCUGAGCAUAUAUAGCAUCUAUUGACUUUAGUGGGAAAUAUGUGUGUUUUGACAUGUCUAAAAAAACAGACAGCAAACCUAGGUGCCUAAAUGCAGACUAUAGGUGAAAUCUUAAUCCUGUACAACGAAAUGGAAAAACUGAAAUCAAAAUCAAAAGAGACAGGAUUGCACUGCAGGUGACUAAAUUAGGUGAGUUUGAAAACGCUGACUUAAGAAAGCAUGUUCUAAAAUAUCAAUAUGAUCGGAAGGCUUCUAAAAUAGUUUUAUCUACUGUGUAGCAGGAGUUCUUAAGCUUCGAUUACUUAUUGAUCAAUCCCAAUUUAAAGUGCCCCAAUAAAUACAUGUAAGGCUAGCUAUUAAAAAUGAACAACAGUCCUAUCAAUGUGAUGUUGAAAUAACAAAUACCAAAGUUGUGAUGUUUCACUCUAACAGGUUUUAUUGUGAACGUAGUCAAGUGUGUUUGUUGAAUGAAACUUUUGGAACAGCUAGCUAGACUUCAUAGCAACAUUACAUAAUAUUUUACAGCUGUUUAAAUCAAACUUUUUUUUUUUUCAUUUUUUGAUAGUUGGAAUAAACUUUGAGGUACUGAGCCUAGUGUUUCCAAACUCCUUGACAUUUUAAUGUAUGCUUUAUUCUGACUAACUUCCAUUCUGAUAUGGCAAAAAUACACAAGAAGGAAAGGCAAUACAACAAAAAACAGGGGAUAUCGUAAUACAAAGAACAGAUGGGCAGACAGGGGGGAUGAAUUAGUAAGGUAGUGUGUUUUCCUGAAUCCAUUUUUUUCUACUUUUUAAGAAGCCACGGGUCAACCCAAUUCAACACGCCUAAAGUCACUCCAUUUUGAAAAUUCCUUACAAUCAUUAACUCACCGUGACAUUCAAUGCUGGCUAAAUCUAGACUCAGAACGACCCCACUGGCCUUCCCUUGCAAAGGCGUGAAACACAUGUUGGAGCAGUGAGGGCUGCUCGAACAGGCAAACGUGUCCCCACGUGCCCCACUCACCACAUCUGCUCCCCAGCAUGUGUCAAAAAGACUCACCUCUCCUCGUGCAUGUCCAUGGCCAGGUGGUGUCAUUGCUGUGUUGGUGCACCCCAGCACCAAAGCCAAGAAACCUCAGUUUAGCAGAGAGGC